GCGUGUGUGUGUCUGUGAAAGCCCGGGUCGUCGGGACGGCGGGACCCACGAUUUGGGGCGUGCGAGCUUGCCUUGGAGGUCCGCAGAGUCAUUCAUCUGGGGGCUCAGGAUGGAGGGCGUCGUUGAGCGCAAGCUCAAGCAGCUGCGCGAAAAGCUGAAUGAGUUUGGCUAUACGCAGCCGCUGGGCGUGGAGAGCCUGCCUUUGGCUGAGCGUCUUUUUGCAGACCUGCUCCAUACCACAGCCAGCCUCAAGCGCAUCAAGGAGCAAGCCCCAGACCGAACCGCAGGCUCGUCUGAAACACAAGCGCAGACAACGCGGAGCCACGAUCCUCUUGCGAUCGAGGCAUAUCAGGCCGACAAUGCCCGCCUUGUCAAAGAAGUCAAUCAUUUGCACGGCGAAGUGAUCCGGCGCAAGGAUGCGGCCGAUGCACAAAUCAAAAAGCUAAAACACCAUGCAACACAGCUCGGGAACGAGAAUCAGGAUCUGCGCUUCCUCAACACGCAAUAUGCCCACCGCAUUCGCGUUCUGGAACGUGAAACUGAUGCUCAAAAGGCUCGGUUGGACGAGUUAUUGGCCAAGAACAUGGAGGCUGCCGUUACGUUGCAGGAUGAAGAGCAACGUCGGAUUCCUACGAGGCGCCAACGGAUGGAUAUGAGUCACCUACUGCCAGAGGUUACCAUGAGCGCUGAAAAUGAGCAUCCCUCCAGGCCUGCUGUUCCUCAAACCCGGCUUGAUCUGGACGAUGCCACCGCUCGCGAAAUUGAACGAUUGGAGGAUGUGAUCCGCCAACUCAAGCGAGAUAGUCAAGCCGGAGAGACCCGCAUUGAAGCCAUGCAAGGCCAAAUCGACCGCCGCGAUGCUGAGAUUCAACGUCUCAAUGGGCUUUUGGAGGGGGGGCGGCCGUUACCGGCGCUGCGCGCUGAGACGGCCCUCAAGCGAGAGGCCCGACAACAAGCGCACUUGGAAACACAGGUCGAGUUUCUGCAAACAAGCAACAAGGCCCUGCAGGAUGAGUUGGUAACUAUGGUCUCCACCAACGAUGAUAACGCUGCGCGUAUUGCAGAGUUGGAGGCAGAUAACGCCAAGCUGGCACAAGAGCUUGCACACAUCCAACAGUUGGCCAAACAAGUCGAGACAGAGCGGGUGGCCUCCAGCGCGGCAGUCAAUCGCCAGUUGACUCGGGAGCGCGAUCGCUUGCACCGACAGCACGAAACCCUCAAAGAAAAGCUGCGGCAUGCCAGCGAGCUUCAAUCUGAUGUCAAGCGGGUGCAUGCAGAAAAUCAGCAUCUUCUGCGCGCUCUGCAAGAUGCGGAAACGGAGAUGGGUCGCCUGCAGGAGGACGUAGAAAAGCUCUUGGAUGAUAACGACUAUUUAGACACGCGCGUGCGUCAGCUAGCUCAGUUUAAUUGGAGCCUACAGAAAGAGCUUCGGCAGCAUGGUGCAUCCGACACCACGUUCCGGGAUUUGGCUCGCGCCGCAGAGGAAGCGCAUCCUCAACCACGAAGCCGUCAGCCACGCGUCCGAUUUGCGGAAGGGAGUCGCUCGCCUCAUCCGGCUGGCACCAGCCCUGAUCGCGCUCAAACCACGGAAUCUGCAGCGGCCUCAACCCAUCCAUCUACUCCAUCUAAACAAGCCAUUGAGGAGCAGCAAGCGUUACAAGCAAAAAUUGCCGAUCUAAAUGAAGCAUUAGAGCGGCUUGAGGCGCAAGCCGCUGCUGGCGAUUCAGCUAAAGUGACGCGUCUUAAGGAGCGAGUGGCAGAGUUGGAGCGUCAAAGCGAAGAGAGCAGGCAGGCACAAGAGGCAGCACAGCUGCAACUUGAUGCCGCACGGGAGGAACACCACCAAUCCGUGGCUCAACUGCGCGAAGAGCACGCCGCGGUCCUCUCUGCAAAACAACAGCAACUUGAGACACAGAGCAAGGCCGCCGAGGAGGCACGGCAGCGCGUAGUGUCGCUUGAGGCCUUGGCAGCCAUGUUUCAGCAGGAAAAGCAGGCAUUGAUUGCCGAAGUGGAGACCCACAUGCAACAGAGCACGCAAGCUCGAAAUCGGCUGGCCGAAAUGGAUGAGCGAGUGCGCCGCGUUGACACCAACGCCGAAGAGCGUCUUCGUCACGCCGAGGAGCAAACGUCCACACUUCGAUUGCAACUUCAAGAGGAGCAGACACGGCGAGAGGAGCUGAGCGUCAAGGUGCAGCGCCUGCAGGAUGCCGUUUUUGAGGCCGACCGAGAGCGUGACCGCCUGCAGCUGCGACUUGCUGAUCAGAGUGCUGAGAGCGGUCGCUCGGGUGAGCGCGAGACGGCACAAUUGGCCGAGGCCGAGGCGCGACACGCCACUGACCAGCAACGUCUGCAGGAAAUGAUCGUCCUACAACGCAACGAACUUGCCGAUAGGGAUCAAGAGCUGGCUCGGCUACGUGAGCAACUGCGUGCCCAGGAAUUGACGUCCAACGAGGCUGCCGACGCCAUCACGGCGGCGGCAUCGCAGCGCCAGCUCCUGGACCGCGACCUGAACAACAUGGCUGCCGAGUGUCAGCGCCUCAGCAGCGAGCUUGAAGCCGCUCACCAUGAACUCACGGAAGAGCGAGCCCGAACCGACUACUACAUGGCACAAUUUGAAGCCAUUUUGCGCAAUCUCAAGGAUCGUACUCCGCCACCGUUCACAAUGGAUGUUGAAGCCGACGGGGGCAAGAACGUGACGAGCGUUCAUCACAGUUCCGUGGACCCCACUCAGUUCCCACUUCUUCUGCAACAGUAUUACCUGCGACUUUUCCCAUACGGCAAAUACUUCAAAUGGCUUUCGUAUGGCGGCGUGGACAAGAAGGAGUUUGAAAAUCGCGAGUUCUCCUUCACCCUCAAGGAUGAUGUCUACGUGCGCUACCAGAGUUUUGCCGACAUGUCCGAACUCAAAGAAGGUCGGGUCGUGCUGAUUUCCACCCUUGCGGGCAUUGUGCCUGAACAAGAAAAGCCCAAAGACCACAAAAAGAUCAAGAGCAGUGAAUUUUACCCCGUGGCCAAAGAACUGGUUUUCGAUAUCGAUAUGACCGAUUACGACGAAAUUCGCACCUGCUGCAGUGGCGCGGCCAUCUGCCACAAAUGUUGGGGCUUCAUGACUGCAGCCGUCAAAGUGCUGGAUGCGGCGCUGCGCGAGGACUUUGGCUUUCAGCAUCUGCUUUGGGUGUACUCCGGUCGCCGUGGUAUCCAUUGCUGGGUUUGUGAUAAGAGGGCACGACUUCUUUCGCAAGAGGCUCGCGGAGCCGUUGCUGAGUAUCUGCAGCUUGUUCGCGGUGGCGAUCAAACGGCCAAAAAGGUGUCCCUGACGAGUCCUUUGCACCCGUGUGCAGAACGGGCGUGCAGAAUUCUCGAGCCUUACUUCCGUGAGGUUGUGCUCUCCUCCGACUCGCAGGUCCGGCAAGCUGUUUCCUUGCACCCCAUUCCCCGGCAACUGCAUCUGUUUGUUGAUGCUCGUAUGAGCGUCAAGCUCACGUGCCUUGGUUCGGCAUCAUCUGCUCAGGCGUUGCUGGCCCACAGCGAGCAUUGCAACACCAUGCUUAGUAUACUCGGCAUGGACGCGAUCGAAGCCGACAUCAAAGUAAAUCGCAGCGUCACCAUGUCUUUUGAGCCAAGUUCGUUGCAGCUCAUCGUCCGGUGCCGCUGCACUACAGGCUGCCUGGGCUCAGAAUGGGCGCAGCGAAGACAAGGCCAAAAGUCCAAGAAGGUGUCACGAACGCAAGAACUCAUGCUGCAGUACAUCUACCCACGGCUGGACAUCAAUGUAUCCAAGGGUACGGGACGUGUGUGCGUGCCCAUUGACCCCAGCAAGGCCGAUGAGUUUGAUCCUUUCGCGGUCCCCACCAUUGAUCGUCUGUGUCGCGAACUGGACGAGUUUGAAGAAGAGCAACAGCUCAAUGCAUACACAGAAGCGGGCGAGCCCUCGCCAAAGCGCAAGAUUCAAAACUUUAACAAAACAUCGUUGUCCGGUGCCAUGAAGAUUUUUACCGACUUUCUGCAAGGUCUUGAUGAGGAAAACGCUGAGCUUGCCGAAGAUGCUGGUGUCAAAUCCGAGGCCAUGGAGUGGUAG